AUGUCACGUUGGCAUCACCCCUCCUGUGAUACCCCAUUGGUAUUUGUGCAAGGCGGCCUACCGUACUGUAGAUCAUGUGGCGAGAACCCAGACAUCGACGAGCUCAUCGUAGAACAAGCCAAUGCCACCACUCCCUGGACGAUACCCCCGGAUGAGAAACCUGGGGAAUUACAUCUGCGUUGGCCCGCGUCUGUUAUCAGUGACCCCCCAACUGAAGAUAUCUCUGAAACUUUAGCCGCCGCCACGAAUGAACAACUUGAGAUCUUGAGCUCUAUCGACGCAUCUAAUGCAGUGGCACAGCCUAUCUACAAAAGAAGGCUCACUGAUGCCGAGUUUCGGAUAUUGAGCAUUUCUCCAGCCGUUGACGAGAGUUACCCACUUCAUGCUGUCCUUAAAGACUAUCAAAUCGAUAACUGUCCCGAAUACGAGACUGUUUCCUACUGUUGGGGCGGGGAAGACGGAGACACAAGACGACGUCAACCAGUCUAUAUUGGCGACUACUGGGAUGUUCUUCUUCAAACUAAGAAUUGUUGGUCGAUGCUUCAGCAUGUCCGCUAUGAAUCAAAUACCCGACUUAUCUGGGUUGACGCGAUUUGCAUCAACCAAGAAGAUCACCUCGAAAAGGACGUCCAGGUGCCUCUGAUGGGUCAGAUUUACUGGAAAUGCUUGAGGACUAUCAUAUACUUGGGUGAAGACGUUGCAAAGCCCAAAGGCCUUUCUCUCACCAAGGGGAAGUCGUACCCUAAGAGACACGAUUUCAGAGAAUUUGAAGAUUUGAUUCCAAAUUCGCUCAUGACCCGAGAACAGCUUUUCGAACUCAGAUACUUUCAGCGGGUCUGGGUGAUCCAAGAAAUCAUACUGUCCCCCUUGGCUGUGAUUCCGGUUCAUGGAUAUGAAUUCAGAGUCAGGCCCGGAGCAAGCCUACCCCCCUGGACUACACAAUCAGAUGAUCUCGAUCCAUGGAUGGAUUAUGCCUGCACAGGGUCUCUUUCCAAUAACUUGUUGUCCUUGAUACAACACACACGGUCUUCCCUAGCGACAGACUGUCGUGAUAAAAUCUAUGGCAUAUUGGGUCUAGGACAUCAAGUUCCUGCGCUCAGACCUGAUUAUUCGAUAUCGAAACUUCACACAUACAUCGGAACCAUUCUUCAUCUUUUCGUUGUUGAGCAAUGUGUCAAAAUUCUUACUGCAGCCGGCGGUCACAGAUCGGACUCGAAGUUACCAUCGUGGCUCCCAGAUUGGAGUUUAGAGGACAUGGGAGAACGACUCUUAUCAGUUACUCAAGCCACUCGGGAUAUCUGCUAUUAUACGACGUCUCAGACAGACGCAAGGAGUUUUGGCAAACAAAUUGCCUGCCUCGACAAUGACUUCUUUACGCUCUUCAAUUCCAUCGAUGACACAAUGCCGCCGGAAACGGGUUUCACAACGUCAGAGCUAUGGGCUAUCAAAAAGCCGUCUAUUGAUCCGGCAACUCUAAAGUUAACUUUGCCACUGAUACAUGUUUGCAAGUUUUCAUCGGCGCUGGUAGAAGUUGGUUGGAUCAAAGACCCUACUGAUCUUAAUGAGCCUUGUCAUGUCUAUUCAAUUGAGGUAGCUGGCUACACGCUAUAUGUGUGCGUUCCAGACAAUGAAAUUUCUGUGGAGGCUGGAGAUAACGAGCUAUUUCUACUCCAGAAGGGACAAGAAUUUACUUUGGUUCUCUUCAUGAGGCGCCUAUCAACAACUGGAGAGUAUCGCUUACUGCGUUGCACUGUUUGCUACGACUUGUUUCUUUCGAGCAAUCCGUCUUCCAGACCUCCUUUAGAGAAGAUUGACGCAAAUUUUGAUUCGCGAGAUUUUGGCCACAAAUACGGAUCUUCGAUUCUUGGCGGGACAGUGACGGAAGCCUGCCAUGUGGUUGCCCCAACGCUCGAAAUGAAGUGUCAGGACUCACUUGACGAGAAGGAUGCAGAUCGCUGUAUUUUGGACAUGCUUGAGCAGAUGCGUGGCGAAUCCGAAACAUCAUUUGUGGACACUUAUAUCGCUUUUCUCGAGUCACUUUAUCCCCAGUGUCCGGUAUGGAAUGAGGACGAUAUGACUCACAUGAUACUCAGUCCAGCUCAAUUGAUAGAAAGCUGCAAAGAGUUAUGUCUCAUUUCAAAUGAACUCGAAAUCGAAAUCCAUCCGUAUUCUGAAACCGAACCCGAGGGUUUCAAGGAGUGGAAAGCGGCCAAACUUGCGAGGCCUGAGAUACAAAAGGCAACUGGAUUUGAGGAUGAUUGUAUGGAAUGUGAUAUGGAAAUUAGAGUUACGGAAGAGAGCUUACGUGGGUGUUUCACACGAAGUCAUGGCCGUGAAGCUGCUUUCGUGGAAUGGAACUGCAAGAUGAUAUUCCAAAAUGCAGAGUCAAAGUUGAGUUCCGAUGAGCCUUGGAACACAUCGCACGCUUUUUGCUAUUAUCCAUGGCCUGGAUCCUUUUAUGAAGAAGGUCAAAUCCCAGGUAGGGUUUGUCAGGUAACUAUUGUCUAG